CCCAGCUCAGGCCAGGCAGGUUCUUUUGUUCUGCAGCGGCCGGGCGGUGAGAGGUUUCCCACCGGACGCUCAUCUCCUCCCCACCCACCGCCGGCCCAUUGAAACCAUCAGCUGCCGCAGAUCACAAUGCAAAACAGCUAUGGCCCUGUAGCUGAACGCGCUCUUGUUCCUGGUGCCCAAUGGAGCCAUCUCACAGGUGGCAUGUCGACAGGGGUGAUGGGCAUUCAGCGGAGCUGCAGGCAAAGGCUCGGGUGCUGGUGCCCGGCGGGAGUAGUUGGCCAAGAGCGGAGAACCGUGGCGGCAUCGGGCUUGAGAAUCAGGUGAUAGAAACCUGCCCCCCAGGUCCUUGGGCCCACUAUGUGCAGACCCCACUCAGCAAUGACAUCCCCCAGAACCAUAUGGUCAUAGAGGACAGGCCUUCCCACCCUGAGAUCUACAGCAUUGCCCUGUGGGGGCCAAAACUGCAUUCAGCGCUGACCAGACACAGAGGGGGGCGGUCCAAUGUGCAGGCCUCUUCUUCUGCCUCUAAGCAUCACGGUCCGUCGGGAGAGGGAGACUCAACGGAUGAAGGGUCCUUGGUGCUGAUUGACGCCGAAGGGGUGCCCCACACCGUGUCACGGCAGGAAGUGGAGCUGGCCGGGCAGGUGCAAUCCUCGGAGCCUGAGCUGCUGGCAGCAGCUCCCCCACCACGGCAGCUGUAUUUCUGCCCCAUUUGCCUACGGACGUUCCUGUACCAGUCGGACCUGGAGCGCCACAGCAUCACCCACUCGGAGAGCAAGCCGUACGUGUGCCGCGAGUGUGGCAAGGCCUUCAAACGCUCCUCACACCUCCAGCGGCACAAGCACAUCCACACCGGCGAAAGGCCCUUUAGCUGCCCGGUUUGCCGCAAGGGCUUCCGGGAAUCUGGCGAACUUUUGCGCCACCAGCGGGUGCACACAGGGGAGAAGCCUUACCAGUGCCAGAUCUGCCGGUUACGCUUCACGGAGCGCAAUACCCUCCGCCGCCACGCCAAGCGCAAGCAUGCCCGCGAGACCUACUAUCAGCGCUCCGUUGAGGAGGGUGGCGGCAGCUGGGCUACAGCGGGAGACUGGGAGUCGGAAGUGGUGGCAGACAGUGACUGGGGGACACAGGAGCUUGGGAGUGGCUGGACCAAUGAAGCGGUGGAGGACUGGGUUGGGGAUGGCAGCCAUUGGGGGGAAGCUGCCGAAGGCGGGACAGGAAAUACUCCUGUAGCCAUGUCGCAACUACCAGAGGGAGAACACACAAAGGAUGAAGACAAACCUGGGAUCCAGCCCUCGUAAAUGUGCAAAUGUUGCAGGUUCCAGGGAUGAAGAAAGUCUGGGAAAUGGACUGUGUCCUGCAAUUACCUAUAGGGACUUAAAUCUCUGUAACUGCACCAAGACUUUUCAAGGAAGAGCAUGGAACCCCUUCCUAGAACUGCUCUAGAAUGUCGAGGGCCUUGAAAUAUCCAUGAUUGGGUCUCUGGGUGGGCAUUAGCAAGGAAUGGAGGAUGCAGGUGGUGGGCAGGGAAUUAUGACUGUUCCCUCCUUCUACCAAUGGUAUUUAUGCUAUCCAGAGCUGUUGGGGGAUUGGAGGGACAGCAUCACACAUUAAAUCUUGUAAGUGGGUGGAGCAAAUGAAACUGGGGUUUGAGCUGUUUAUGGUUUCCCUGAAGAAUGGGUGCUGGGAGAGGUAGGUUCCCCUUCCAUUUGUACCAAAUGAAAUGUUGAUACAUGGUAAACCGCUGUAAGUUUGUUGCCCCUUUCCUGGCUUGUUUUGUUUCCUUUUAAGAUCAGUCUCCGUGCGAUGAGGCAUUUUACAUUUGCAGAUAUUUCAAUGAAUUAACAUAUGCAAAAGAGCUGUAUUGUUUUUCUCUCCUUCCCACUCCCCUGGUUGUUCUGAGAAAGGUUAUCUAAGGAACACAGGCACCCCAGUUGCCAAUCAUCCUAGUGCCUGUGCCUAGAGUUUGACAGCAGGAGAGUGAAAAAGUCUGGGUAUGCUUUGCACUUCUUCGCCAGGUGUUGGGGAGUGAGGCAAAACCCUCGUGAGUAGGCUUAGAUCUCAUUUUGAUACAUGUCUGGAAGGCAAUGAAGGCCUUGAAGGGAUAUACGAGUGGCAGAGUGUGUGUAUUUGGCCUUCCCUUUUUUUGGCCUUCCUUUCUUCUCAGCGUCUGGAGAUGAGGUGAGGUUGGCACCUCAGUUCUAUGUUCACAGAUUUAAAAGUACAUUCCAUUGAAAUCAGUCAGAUUUACUUUUAAAUACAUGUGUUGAGGAUUGAGGUGUUAGGCUGUGACCCUGUUCUGAAGUGCCAAGGGUGUGACAUAGAAUGAACAGGACAGUUGUACCAACACAACAUCUACCUCCGCACAUAUUAACUGGUUUAACUGUCAUGGCUCCUCCCAAGGAAUUUUGAUAAUGUUCUGGGAGAGUGCUGAGGAUUCUCUGUCAGAGAAUCUGAGUACAAGGGUUCCCAACCUUGGGCCCCUGGAUGAUGUACUCUCAUCAUCCCCAGCCAAAAUGGUCUUUGGCUACUGUGGCUGGCAAUUAUGGGUGCUGUAGAUCAACUAUAUCUCAGGAUCUAAGAUUGGGAACAUCUGGGCGUUUUUAGUUUGGAAAAGAGGCAACUAUGGGGAGACAUGAUAGAGGUAUAUACAGUUAGGCAUGGAGUAAAGAUAGUGGACAGAGAGAAAAUUUUCUUCCUCUAUCACAACACUAGAACCAGGGGUCAUCCCAUGAAACUGAAGGCCAGGAAAUUUAGGACCAACAAAAGGAAGUACUUUUUCACACAGCGCAUAAUUAAUCUAUGGAAUUCUCUGCCCACGGCAUGUGGUGAUGGCCACUAGUUUGGAUGGCUUUAAAAAGCGCUUAGACAAAUUCAUGGAGGACAGGUCUAUCAAUCGCUACUCACCUGGUGGCUAUAGGUCACCUCCAACCUCAGAGGCAAGAUGCUUCUAAAUACCACUUGCAGGGAAGCAACAGCGAGAGAGAGAGGGCAUGCCUGUGGGCUUCUCAGGGGCAUCUGGUGGGCCACUGUGUGAAACAGGAUGCUGGACUAGAUGGGCCUUGGGCCUGAUCCAGCAGGGUCUUUCUUAUGCUAAUCCCUGCCUAGGCCCAUCACAGAACUACAUUUCCCAGGGUUCCUUGCAAUGGAGGAGGGAGCUUUGUUGUAAUAUACAAUUACCAUUAGCUGAGGGAUUCUUAAACUUUGUAACAGUGAGCCUUCCAAAACUGACCAAGCAAUUGUUCAACACACACGUGCGCACACCUCUGCCAUGGCAGACCAAUAGAGGAAUCCUUUUUCAGUCUACAUCCUUCCAUUUUAAAACCAAGCAAGUUUAAAGAAGUGGAAGGAAAGAGGUUUACAUGACCCCACAAGGUGCUCUAAGAUCAAGAGCACAAAGCUUUAGGAAAGAUCAAGGUGGUUGGUUUGGAAUGGCCACCACUGCCGAGCAAGUGUUGCUAUACUAGUUUGAUGCCCAAUCCAGACAACCUGGGAGGGAAGUGAAUGUCGAACUUGAACCUCACCUAUGCUUCCUUAGAGAGACCUGUGUGUCACUUUAAAAGCCACUGCCCUCACCAAAUGCAUGAUGUCCCUCACAAUGCAGGACAUUUAAGAGGUACAUAAAAUCCUGCAGAUGGAGAGAUCAAUAUUAUGACCUCAAAGUGGGAGGUGAAUUUUACUAAGAAGCAUGCCAAAAAUGAGGGUUUUGAUACAAUAAGUGUUUAGACUCCAAAAUGAGCAAUUAACCCAGAACAGAGGUUACUUUGCAAUAUACUAUGAACCAGAGUUCUAUAAGUUUGCAUAUAUUUGCUGGAUGAAUAUUAGCUGCAUAUAAUGAAAUGGAUGAGUCGCCCUCCUUCAGCCUUUCUGCUGUCGUACUUAAUACCAACUCAAAUCUGCCCAUGGGCUGAGUUGCACAACUGUCCAUCAAGGACCUGUAUCCAGGGUCACAGCCUUGUUCCCUUGCUUCCUUUCUCACAAUCAUCAGUGCAAAUUAGAAUCUCCAUUUCAGCAAUGAACGUGAAUUGAAUAUGUGACUUCCUUAAAAUUCCUCUCCUAAUCAAGAUCCCCUUCAGAAAAAACCAAAACAGUGAGUGCAGGAGUGGCUUGAAACCGAAUUUAUGUGCAGUGGUUCUCUGUGUGGAUCUGUCACUAUCGAGUGGCUUUCUCCAUGGUACUGCAAGAUAUCCCUGCCAAUAGUUUGCAGCAGCAUGGCGCAAAGUGGCAGAAUCCAAUCUGCAAGGUGAACCAUUUCUCACAAACACUUGCUGCCAUAUGGAUUCUGUUUCAGGGGCUGCUCUUUAAGUGGGCUUAAAGUUGAUGCUGAGCAAAUUUUUUGAAUAGAGGACUUGAUUAAUGUUCAAAGGGUUGUCCUCAUUUAGCAUACCUGAUCCUAGCAAAUAAUAUAAGCCAGGGGUUUCCAACCUGGGAUCCCCAGAUGUUGUUGGACUACAACUCCCACCAUCCCCAGCCACAGUGACCAAAGGCAGCCGUUGUAGUUGUAGUCACAAGCAGUGGGUCCAUGAUCACACACACCCCUUUCCAAACAGCAAAUGAUGCCAGGAGGCUGGGCAGGGAUGUAGGCCAUGCAAUCUACACGGGGGAAAGAGCUAUUUGAGCAUGCAAAAUCUCUUUUAGCAGGACUCCCACACCUCCCAACUUGGGAGCACAGAAGGCUUCAGUGGUGUGCCUUUUGUCUGUGUGAGUGAAGAAAUGAAUGUGCAUGAGAGGAUGCUUGCAUCACUUGUGUGUGAGAAUGAGUGUGUGCCCCCUGGGUGCUGCAGAUUGGCCAGUUAAAAUGGGCAAUGUGGUGUCUAUACACACACAAAGUCUCCACACGAGGGCUUGAAUCAUGCCUCUUUGUGUUUCUGAAGGAAAGCCAAGAUUCUAAGGGUUCUGCUUCGGUUAUCUGUUUCUAACAGCACUUAACUAUCAUGGCAAUUUCUUCUGUUCUCUGUAGAUGGUUUUAUAGGAGAGCGGGUAGAAAGGGCAAAAUAUCCCUCUGAAAAAUUCACACGCAGACACACACACACACACCGGAGCCCUGUAGUUGGCAGUGGUAGCGCAAAUUGCAGCUGCUUAAUAAGCAAGCUAACUUUGUACACGUUCCCCUCCCAACCACUAGCUCAAACCAGACAGGGCAUAGCUGCCUCAGGUCUGUCCCUCCAGCGAUUCCCCCCCUGCCUCCGCCCCCUAUGCCACUAGGGAUAAAAACAGCAUCUCUUUCAGCUCCAAAGCCUGACUAGCAUUGCAAAACAUGGCGGCCUGUUUCAUUCAGGCCCUGUUGUCCAGCCUGGCACAUUUCCAUCUGAUGACAUCGCCUCCCUUCUCAUCUUAGGAGCUCCCUCGCUCUUUCUCAACAAGCUGCAUGCAAGUGGGAGGGACAGAGCCGGCCUUUUGCCUUGAACUACCUCCAGGGCUCUCUUAUAUGCCCAGGCCUCCAAGUUAUCUUUGUUGCCAUGGAGACCACCUUGAGUGCACAGUUGGGUUGUUACAAGCAGAAUCUUUGUUAAGUAGGGCCUCAAGGCCUCUUGGCUCUGGUGAAGGCUGCAGAAGGAUUAGAUGAAAACACACGAUCCCCAAUCUCUUUUUUAUUUUCUUCUAUCCACGGGGACGUGAACCUCUGGAAAUAAGGGAAAUGAGUUAUGGAAGCUGUGUUUUGGGAUUGUUUCCAGUGCAGUGCACCAUUAAGUAUAUGUUCAGGCCACCUGCUUUUUCAUGGGAUGUGGCCUAGGACAAGGAUUCUCAAACCUGGGUCCCAAGAUAUUGUUGGACUACAACUCCCACUACUGGCCACCAUGGCUGGGGAUGAUGGGAGUGUAGUCUAACAACUUUUAGAACCCUUGAGGGCAUCUUUUAAGCAGCUGGCCGAGUCUAUACCUCCUCCUGAGUGUUGGUUCCUAGUCUGGACUCUUUUGGGUUUUCUUGCAGGGAAAUAAGUGCCUCAUUAAAGAGACACAAGUUUCCCUGCAGUGUCUGAAUAGACACCACAAGGAUCAUUGUCCCUGCAACUUUCACACUUGAAAUGGCUGGCUUGGGUGCUUUCUAGAGUAGUGGUUCCCAACCUGGGGGCCUCCAGAUGUAGCUGGACUACAACUUCCAUAAUCCUCAGCUACAAUAAAUGUAAAUGGGAGUUUUAGUUCAGCAACAUCUGGAGGCCCCCAGGUUGGAAACUUCUGCAUAGAUCUGCUCCUGAGAAAGCACCCCAGAUGUCAUUCAAAACUGCAGCCCAGAAGGCUUGCUCGGGAGAUCUCUUCACCUGAGAAAGCAGCCUUCUAUAGGUUUCUGACUCAAUUUAGUGGCAUUGUAUUUGAGGUGAGGUGGAAAGUUCUGUCCAUUGUUCAUUUAGUGUUGGGGUAUUCACACAUGCAAAUUGUCACUUGAUGCUGCAGAUGUCAAGUAAUGAGUAUGCAUGUGUGUAUCAAACAGAAGAGAAACACAGAGAGGUGUCAUUUGAGAAGAGCUGGUACUAAAGUAACCCACUUUUAGCCCUAAGAAAACAUCCCAUCCCAUAUUCAUGCGCACACAACAAAGCCCAAAGAGAAAUAUAAAAAUUGGAUUGAUUCAAAGCCCAAAGGCUCUGGUUUAUCCCUUUUUAUAAUAUGUUUACUGUAUUUAUAUAUGUAUUUUUAUGUACAAAAUUAUGUAAGCUGCCUUAAGGGCCCAAGUGUAGGCCUGCUAGGUAGGUUUAAAAUCCAGAAACAAAUAAACAAUUCAAAAACAA